AUGGCAAAUUCGGAGGAAGCACAGCGACCUGGGAAUGGUACCCUGCUCCUCAUUCUUGUCCAAGUCGCCUCUCGAGCGCUCACCUUCAUUGGCAACCAAUUCCUUCUUCGUUUUCUUUCGCCCUCUCUGCUGGGCAUCGCGAUCCAGCUCGAGCUGGUCUCCGUAACGAGUCUGUACUUCGCCCGAGAGAGCUUGCGAGUGGCGCUACAACGACAACCACCAGGCUCAGCGACAGGGAGCCCUUCUCCGUCAGGGGAAAGCGAAGAAGGCAGCCGAGGGAAGGAGACGCAGACAGUCGUCAACCUAUCCUUCAUAGCAGUUCUCCUUGGAUUGGGUAUUUCCGCCGUUUUUGGCUACACUUAUCUCCAGAGGGCGCCAAAUGAAGUCCUGGACAGCCCUUACUUUGCUCUCUCAUUCCAGAUAUACGCUGCUGCCACGUUGAUAGAAUUGCUCGCGGAACCGGCCUUCGUCGUUAUCCAGCAGAAAGAGUUAUAUGCGGACAGAGCACGAGCAGAAACCGGUGCCGCCAUGGCACGGUGCUUUUCAGCCUGCCUUGUCGCCAUGCUUGGACAUCGGAGAGGACUGGCUCCAUCUAUCCUGCCUUUCGCGGUGGGACAAGCUGCCUAUGCGAGCGUACUUCUCUUUUUCUACCUCCUCCCAAUCUUCAGACUACUCAAACACGAAGACUUCAGCUUGUUUCCUCAAAGACUGGUCUCCCCUUCCAGCAAUUCGAUCUACUACGAUAACCUCUUCCACAAAGCAAUACUCUCUGUUGCAGUCACAAUGUACAUGCAAUCGGGAUUCAAACUUCUCCUGACCCAGGGUGACGCUCUGAUCCUGAGUUUCCUCUCCUCCCUCGCGGACCAAGGCGCCUUUGCCCUGGCGUCCAACUAUGGUGGACUUCUGGCUCGACUUGUGUUCCAGCCUGUCGAGGAGAGCAGUCGAAACAGCUUCGGCCGACUUCUGUCGCCGUCAACCAGCAAAACGACGCAGGAUGCUUCGAAAGGGGCCCACCAGGCCCUGAAAUAUCUAGCCAAUACUCUCCAUUUCUAUCUUCUGAUGGCGCUGCCCCUUGUCAGCCUUGCACCCUAUAUUCUUCCAUUGGUCGUCAAACAGAUCAUUGGCGCAGGCUGGUAUACGUCCUCCACGGCAUCUUUACUCUCCACCUACUGCUUCUACAUCCCGCUGGUGGCAGUGAAUGGGAUCUUGGACGCGUUCGUCACUUCGGUAGCGACGCCGGUCCAGCUACGCGCGCAAUCAGCCUGGAUGAUGCUCUUCACGGGCAUCUUUGGGGUUGCAGCAUGGGCAAUGUUAAAGGCGUCUGAGAUGGGCGCAGCAGGGCUUGUCGGUGCUAACAUGGUAAACAUGGCCUUGAGGAUUGUUUGGAGCGCAGAAUUUAUAAGGGUUUGGAGUCAGACCAAUAUAAAGGACGGGGAAGGACUGGUCAGAGACAUGGUACGGGAUACGCUCCCAGCCGGUUCAUCUAUCGCUGUGACAGGCCUGAUCACUCUGGCAUUGAGGAUGAGCACAAUUACUGAGUCUACACCUGACAGUGUGGGUUUGGACCGUCAAUUCCUGGGCGCUCUCAUGGGUGGAAUAGUACUCUUGAGUUCCACGGUGUGA